GGAUUGUCAACUCGGCAGAUGGAAAUGACGGAAAAUAACAUAAUUUACGCUAUAUCUGCCAACUAGCGUUGUGUUUGAUGCUGUUUAUGUAUGAAAUUAAUUGAGAUACUGAAAACAACUACUUGAUUGACCUGAGGAUAGAAUUGUAGAAGUUGACACGGUGAACUAUUUAGAAGCGAAAAAUGUGUCAUGUAGUACAACUAUGUAAAUCAGUGAAUUUACCUGUUACUGACAAUGUGAAAAAUGUUUGAUUGUUUCAUAAAAGAUCUUAAAAGAAAAAGAGGGGAAAGAAAAUAGUGGAUUCAUUUACUAUUUAAAUAAUUAAAAAUGUGAGUAAUGUAUAUGCUAUCUCUUGAUUGAACGAUGAGAGAACUGUUGAUCAAUUCCUCACCGUGACAAUGUGUAACAAGCAAGUGUUUCCACACUGUGACAAUGUGUAACAAGCAAGUGUUUCCACACCGUGACAAUGUGUAAGAAGCAAGGGAGGGAACUCUGGAAUACGCUGGCUCUUGUAUGGAUUACUGUCCUUGGUCUUGCUUCAGUGUGCUAUGCGGAGACAAAGUUCUGUGAUGCACCAAGCACUGUCUCGGAGGACGAAAUGCGAGACCAUCUCCAUGUAACUGCCGUUCCCCGUAACUUGUGGGAAUCGGGGUAUUUUGAGGAAGAUCUGGAAGCAUCAGAUGCCGCGACGUGUAUCAUCAGUUGUUGCGAUAGGCCACUGUGUAACGUCGCAUGGUAUACGAUCAGGAAGUGCUUUACGAUUGAAUGCGUGUCGGAACGAGCAUGCGAACCAGUCAGUCAAGAAGCAGAGAUAUAUAAGGAAACAUUGUUCAUUCAGAUUAGAUCUGUCAAUGAGACUUCGCACACAGACGAGUGCCGGUUGCACGAGGACGAUUGUGAAGAGCACGAGGAAUGUGUGAUUUCAGAGAGCAGCAGGACCCGGUGUCGAUGUAUGAAAGGAUUUACUACCAUCAGUGACUUUAAUAGAACUUGUGUGCCAGAUGUUACAUUUCACACAAGCCCAGUUGAAUGUGAAUACGGAGUGACAAUUUGUGGUUCCCAUAGACACUGUGUGUUAAAGCUGGGCUCAAAAUCUCGACAGGGAACCUGCCAAUGUGAAAAUGGCUACAUUGAAAACACAGAAGGGAUGUGUGUGCUGGAGAGUAUUGACAAGGGAGAUAAAACUGAUGAUUUUAAAAUUAGAAAUCCAGGAGAUGUUUCAAACAGUAUUAAUGGACACAGUGAAAAUGUGCCAGUGACUAGUGUUUAUGGUGAUAUUUACAGUGUUGCUAAACAAAAUGGUGCUGCAUUACCUUUCACUGGGUCAACAGAAGGGGCCAAAAUAGGGCCCACAAAAGCAGGGACAAUAAAAGUUACCUCCCCUGUUCCUACUACAAAAUCUUCUUUUCCACCAACAAAGAGGAUUACCACUGCACCUGUGGAACAGCUCACUGUCUCUGUAGGGGAAAACAAGAUCCUACAACUUCCAAACAAAGAAGUUUCACUGGUGGCAUUUACCCUGCCAGAAGAGUCCAAAGAGGAUCCAUACCACUAUGACUGGACGCUGGAGGCUCACCCUGAGGGAGAAAAUACGGGAACCAUGGACGGGAAGAACACUAACACUCUCAUGCUCAAAGAUUUGAUAGAGGGUCUAUACACAUUCCGAGUCCAAGUGACGGGGACCAACAAAUUUGGAGACGCUCUUGUUAAUGUCACUGUAAUACCACCUGCGCGCAAGAAUGUUCCCCCAGUGGCGAAAGUGAGGCCCACAGAUCUUGUCGUAAAACUGCCCAACUCAGCCAUUCUUGAUGGAUCAGACAGCACAGAUGAUGAUAAGAUUGUCAGCUAUCUCUGGGAGGUUGUUAAGGGGCCGUUACAGGACAAGUCCAUUACUGGGGACAAGGCCAUCUUGUCUCUUACUGACCUGCUGCCCGGAAACUACACAUUCAAGUUGACAGUGGCUGAUUCAGACGGUGCUACUAAUUCUACAACAGCUAAUGUCACUGUGAUUAAAGAAACGGACUACCCUCCAAAGGCGAAUGCUGGUUCUGACAUAGUAAUCCACCUUCCCAAGAACUCUGUCAUCCUGAGCGGAAACAUGAGCACAGAUGACAAGGGUAUUGUGAGUUACGAGUGGAUUAAAAUGUCUGGGGACGAGCUUACUGCAGAUAUGCAGGGUACAAGAACGUCCGAGCUACAUCUAUCAAAUUUACAAGUCGGGGACUACAUGUUUUCAUUACGGGUUACAGAUGGAUCGGGUCAGAUGUCCGAGGCAGACAUCCAUGUUUAUGUCAAACCAGAGGAGAACACUCCCCCCGUUGCUAUAACAGCUGUGACCGUAGAAAUGUCACUGCCCCUUGAUAGUAUUCUUCUGGAUGGUAGUAACAGCACUGAUGACCAGAAAGUAACAUCGUAUCUAUGGCAACAGAUUGGUGGCCCUACGACUCUGGUGAUUCGAGACUCGAGCGAAAUGGUGACGGAAGCUGCAGGGGAGAUUAAGGUUGGCAAAUAUGAGUUUAAACUCACAGUAAAGGAUGUGGAACAACUCACUUCCUCCGCCACUCUUACUGUCCAGGUGAAAAAAGUUGCCAAUGAGCCUCCAGUGGCCCAUGCAGGCGGGAACCUGGAGGUGCAGUUACCAUUAGGGCUAGUUACACUGGACGGUUCCCAGUCCACUGAUGAUCACCGCAUUACUGGCUUUCACUGGCAAAGGGAACCAGGGUCACUUGCUGCAGGGGACAUUCUUAACAACAGUGACCACCAGGCAGUGCUGCAGCUGGUUAACCUGGUGGCUGGUCGAUAUGUGUUCACUCUCAAUGUUGUCGAUGGGGAAGGCUUGAGUAGCUCCGAUAAAGCCUCACUUGUUGUCAAGGAAGACCCACACAAGAAAGAUCUCAUGGAGUUAGAGCUAGAGGCAGACAUUACAACAUUCACACAGGAUAACAAGGAAAAGCUUGAGGGUCAGUUAACUUUGUUGUUACCUCGGCAACCAGAGGAAGGGGAAACGAGAAUUGACAUUCAAACCAUCUCCAUGGACACAAAAACUGGAAAUCUCAGGGUGCUAUUUUAUGCAAUGAACGUGUUGAGGGACACCAGGACGUACAGGAGUGGUGUGUCCACCCUCGCACAACUCAAGGAAAAACUGCUGUCAUCCGCCAAUGUCCUCGACUUUACAGUGGCCAACCUAGAUACAUUAGUUUGUCAGAAGAACUGUUCGAACCACGGCCACUGUGACAUGAAAACCAAGCUAUGUAUCUGUGAACCUUUCUGGACGGCAAAUGUCAUCUUGUACAGACUGCACGGGGAGUCCAACUGUGAUUGGAGCAUUCUGUAUGUGGUGAUCGUGGGCUUUCUCAUUGUGAUAUUUUGUACCGGUGCAAUUUGGGGAUUAGUGUUCUGCUGGCAAAGAAAACGGUGUCGUUGUAGCAGUUGCCGUCUGCGAACAUCGAGAAAACGUCAUCGUUACUCGCUACUACAGGACGGGGAUGAAGAGGAGACUGUGGAGCUGAAAUCAGGAAAAAAGCAAAACAGCAGCCUUAUGGUGUCAGAGUCAGACUUUAGUAGCGAGGAAGAAACCAUUUUCGUGAAUAACAAGAAAUCCAACGGACAUAUCGGGAAACUAAACGGGGUCUCCAAACAGUAUUCACAAAACUCCUUGAAGACGUAGCAACCAGCUAUGUUCUUUCAGGUUUUACACAUGUUAUUGACUUGGGAGUGUGUGGUUAUUAACUUUUGGGCAAAAAGGAUUGACACAAACAGUAUGUUUCAGAACUUAAAUAUUGGUUGUGGAUAUCAAGUGCAUUUCUGGAAGAAUAUGGAGACAUUUAUUUUUGGUUGAAUAUAUAUGUGAGCAUUUUAAAUGAUAAAUAGACUUAUAGAGUUAUAAUGAAGACAUUGUAAUUAUUGAAAUGAUGAUUAACUCUUUUUUAUGUCAUUUCACUCAUUUCACCGCAGAGAAUGAAAAAAUAAUCAAAGUCGUAAAAAUUGAAUGUCCUUUUAAUAGCCCAUUCUCUUAUAGAAUAUGUUGAUUAAAUCAUUGGUCUAUAUUGCCAAAAAAAAAUAUUCCACUGCAAAUACUGCCAUUCAGUACCAACUCAUUGGUUUCGACCAAUUACUCAACUCCACUUUUUGCUUUAGAAUUAUUUUUUUGGAAAUAUUGACCAAACAAAACAUCAAGACAUUUUAUGAGAAAAUGCACUUUUAAAAAAAGAUAUAUUUUUAAUCAUACUUUGCUCUUGCGUGGUAAAAUGUGGUGAGGCUGAGAUUUGACUUAAGUAUUUUUUUCGUGAAUUGUGAUUGGUUGUGAUAAAUACUAUAACAGCUUUAUACUAAAAACUUGAAACGGGGAGUGUUCAGAAAGUUUUUACCAAAAAGUGAUCCUUUGUUGAUAACAGCGUUUUUUGAGUUAUUUCUGCGAUAUACAGUAAAAAAAUUGUUUAUUUAUGAUGAAUUAUAUUUAUUUAUAAAAGUGUCUCUAUUAUGCAAGAAUUAAUGAAGGGAUUGUGUGUUAAGUUUUGCUUGAAAUGAAAUGCUUAAAGGUAAAUUAUUUCUUUUAUUAUAACCAAAACGGUUUCGAAAUCAUACGGAUCAUAGUUAGCCACCUCGGUACUUUAUUCUAUUUACAGUCCAUUGGAAUGACAAAAUCUCUUUCUCAUGAAUAUUAAUGAGGUAAGGGAGAACAAUCUUCUUCCAAUCAAAUUGUGAGUUGCAAUUUUAUUGACUCAGUGGAUUAACCAUGAUGUCAUACGGAUGUUUUGUUAAUAAAAUGAUAAAUCUAACCAUGAUAGGCAUAACAUCAUCACUCUGGUAAACGAGAAUGCUGUUUGGCGUAGACGUUAUAAAAUUCAUGUUUAUUAACAAGCAGUUCACAAUAUUUAGUAUGCACACAAAUUUUUUGGAGUACUUGAAGGUACAUCCACUAUGGUUUUUGUUAAAGACUGGUGAAAUAAGGGUUAUGGUAUGUCAUUUGUUAUUGACAGUGUUAAAAAUUAAUAUAUAUUUAUCAUGUUAUAUGUAUUUUUUUACGAUAUGUUGUUAUUUCUUGUUAUUUAUAAAUGUAUGAAUAUCCAUUUCAUUUUAUUGUAAUCGGCGUUCGGGAGUUAUUGUGUUCUAAUGUACAGUUUUCAAAAUGUCAUACACUGAGCAUGGCAUUAUUUUAAUUUGUAUUUAUAAACAUGUUUUUGGUGACUUUAAUUUUCUUUUGUGAGGUCAGCGAACAUAUUAAUAAAGUUUAAGUAUUAUAAAAAAAAAAAUCUUUUUAACAAUUAAUUUAAAUAAUAAAGAUUUUUCCUUACCAUUUUUCGAAAUUUUUAUUAAAGAAAUAGAAUAUGAACAAAUUACUAUUUCUGAAAGAUUCUAAUUUAUCCUUUGAAAAUAGCCUUAUUUGUUUACUUGUUAUAGCACAGUGUAUAGAAUAUAAAGUAUCGAUUUUCCAAUACUGUAAAACAUAUUCAUUAUAAUAGGAAUGUCAUUUGUCCAUGGAUUUGCAUAAUUCUGCAUAUCAGCAGCCAACUGUAUGACAUUCGUCAAGUCUUUGAUUUGGUUAAAGUUGGUCAAAAGAUCUUCUGAUUGGUCAAUAUUUAUUUUAAAAAAAUGAUAUCAACCAAUCAAAACUUUAAAAUGUGCAAAUCUGAUGGCUCCAUGGACCAAUGAUUUUUUUUUAUUGAAGCCAGGAGAGCCUUCAAACAGGCUUUAAAAAAUUAACUUUGCUUCUGUGGCAUAGGAUGCCCAAACCAUCACCCUCAGCCCUCCAGCUGUCAGGUCAUCACAUCUCACAUUAUAGGCACACAUCAUUGAUGUAGAAUGUAAAUUGUAUAUAAUAUCAGAUCAUGCAUUUCAUAAGGUAGAAAGUGAAAUUGCUUUCUCACUGCACGUGAUGAAAAUGUUCAUUUAUCACGAUGUUAUCUGGUACUAUACUAACAGCAUUGUUUUAACUGUCAGUCAGUAAGAUGCUACGCACAUCAACACUGACUAAAGGGGUUUGUCCGAAUAGUUAUAGAAUUACUAGACUUCAAAUAAUUAUUUCUUCAUGCUGCACUCUCGCAGAUAUGACCAUUUUGACAAUAUUUCUUGUCUUUGAAUGAGCCAAGUUCUUCAUAAUUAUUUACCUUUGAAAAUUGAUGUUUUAUGCAGAUAAGUUCAUUUUUCUUAAAAUGUUAACGUUAUAGCCAUAAACAACAAUUUUCAACCUUAAAUAUAAAUAAAAUAAUUUUUUGUGACCUUUUAUAUAUUUUUAUAUAUCACUGGUUUCCAGACAUUAACGCAAAAUUUUGCUCAGUCAAAGACAAAAAAAAAAUAGUUGUCAAAACCGUCAAUUUAUGAGAGUGCAGCAUUAACUCAUGCAUAUUAUUGGCUUGUUCUUAACUUAAAGUAGAUAUACAUGUACAUAAAGCUCAUUUUUCUUGUCUUAUGGGCAGGCUUAAAAAUCAAAGAAUUCUCGCUUCAUAUUUUCAUAGGAAGUGCAAAAAAUACGGAGUGUAGGAAACGCCUAUUAGAGCGUGUACGGUAUAUAAAUUAGAAGUUUUGAUUUGUACUUAAUUAUUCUAUUGUUUUAUGUUAAAACUUUCACUUUUUGAGGCCAUUUAUCAUCUAUUGUCUUUUCAAAAUUAUUGCCGAUUGUUCAGAAUUUUGUUAAAAUUAGCAACAUUGUUAACGGCAUCAUUGUUAACUUUUAUAAAGUUCGCUAUUUGAGGAUUUGCUCAUAUAUCAAGUAAGCACAGUUAAAACAGUUGUUGUAUUAAAUCAUGUUAGAAUCGCAUGUCAGAUCACAUGUGUAUCCAUGAAAUAUCUAUAGCAGUAAAGAUUUGAUAGUUAACAAUGUUGUCAUUAACUAGAAUGUUAACUUUAGCAAGGUUCUGAACAGUCAGCCCUGUAUUUCUAUGUAGUUAAAAUAUCUUAUUUUAGUAAUAAUAGCUGCAUUUGUCUGUUCUAUAUUAUUUCGCAAGCAUUUGCUAUUAAAGUGUUCUAUUUAAAUUGUAACAAUGACCUACAAUGGGCUGUUGGUUCAGAACUUUGUUUUAGUUAACAACGUUGUUCGCAUCAUCAUUGUUAACUUUCAAAAUCUAUACUACUGUGAAAGUUAACAUUGCAAUAUUUCUAUCGAGGUUGAAGACAACUGUUUCAGCUGUACCUAUUUUAUUUAAAAUCAAAUGUAUGACCACGUAAUAAAAAUAUUUCACCCUUUAGAAGUUAACAAAGAAGCUGUUAACAAUGUUGUUAUCUUUAACCAAUUUCUGAACACGCAGCCCAAUAUAACUGAGUCUCUAAAUCUUAUGAAGUUUUGUUAUACGCAAGUCAAUAAUGAUGGCAUGUUUUUGUAUAUGGAUAUUUGUUUAAGUCUUCUACUCUGCAAUAUAUUUUGAGAUUGUUUCUUAGUUUAUAUAUUUUAGCAGAAAUUUUAUUUAUUGCAUUUUGCUCAUUAUUGUAAUGUCUACAAAAUAAUAUGUUUUUGUUUUAAAUUAUAGGUUAAAGGUUCUUUUUUGCAUAAUACAUGUGUAGAAAUAUGAAAUUAUGAUUACUAUAUAACACAGACUUAUAAAUAGUUAUGUAAAAAAAAAUUGAAUUUGAAUCAUAAAAUCUUAUCGUGAUUAAAACUUCUUAAAUAUAAAAAGUGUAAUUAGCAGAAGAGCUGAUGGGGAUUUGUUUCAUCAAGAUUUCUAGGAAUGGUUCCAAGCUAGCAGAGAUCCCUAAAAGAAGAACUUCACUGUUAAAAAUCUCUCCUAUGUACGGAUCAAUUCCCAUGCUUUUGAUAAAACAGUCCUCAGUUUAAAAAAGAUAAGUGAUUGGAAUAUAUCAUAACAAUCAGGCAGUCAGCAGGUCAUCCGGCUCUUUAGAAUUGUAAUUGUAAUUUACUUUAUUGUCAGAAAAUAGCUCAACCAGCUGUGAACACAAAAAAGACACAAGAAAUAUUAUCAUACCAUUUAUUUUUGAUGAUAUACAAAUUUAAUCAAAGUAUGCAGAGUUCAUGUAUUUACCAAAGUUGUUGUGCUGUUGUUUGGAUCUCUGUUUUCUUUCUCUUUUUGGCCAGUGUUCUUGUAGUGAUAUAAAUGGGUCAUCGGCAAAAAUGAGUCCUGAGUAGGAAAGAGGCGUUUUCAUUUUUUGCUAGUUUUGGUCUUCAUGAGCAGGCAGUAAUAGUUAUUUCAAAACGUCUUCAAAAAGGUUCUUUAAUAUAAUGUUACACAUUGUUAUGCCCCUCUUGGAAGAGGUAGGGGUAAAUUGCAAAUUGCUUUGCACAUGUCCAUCGGUCUAACCAAACCUUGUUUGAUUGAAAAUAGAGACAGCUUGAGCCUAAGGUCCUUAAACUUGGUAGAGUAGUUGGUUAUGACCAGCAGAUGACCUCUAUUGAUUUUGAUGUCAGUAGCUCAAAAGUAUUGUUGCCUUGAAGAAAAAAACUUGUCCAAUUGAUAGCUACAGUAUAUGUGGUCCUAUGGUCCUCAAACUUGGCAGGGAGGUUGGUCCUGACCAGCAGAUGAUACCUAUUUAUUUUGAGGUCAGUAAGGUCAAAGGUUAUGGUUCUCGUGACCUUGGACACAAUUUUUUUUCUGAUUUUUACUGGAGGAUGCUUAAGCCUGUAUUCCUCAAACUUGAUCUGGUCAUACCUAUAAAUACCCCACAGACAUCUUAUGUGAAAUGACUAAUUAGCUGCCAUUAGGAGGACAAAGUCAUAGAUGUUUUACAAUCAAUAAUGGCUAUCUGUCUGACAAGGCCAAGUCGGGGCCCUUUUUCAAGUGACUGUGACAGCUCUUUUAAUUAGUUUGUUCUGUAUUCCUACCUGUUUUUGUUGUUAUUGUGAUUGCCUUAACAGGACUCAUUUUUGAUGCCAACGUUGCAUAUUAUUGGCAAGAUUUGUAUCCUAUGUCAUUGGUCAAAAAUCCCGCAAACCUGCACUUGUAAAACAAUUUCCGGAUUUGCUUAAAUUCUGGAUUUUGUAUAAAAGAGCUUGUUACAAGAUUUGAUGCCAAACCAAUUUAGAUAAGAAUUUGCGUUCAUACCAGCCUAAUUGUUCAUUGUCAAUCUUAAAAUUAACGGCGUUACCACUCUCUUUGCUAGUUGAUAUAAAAAUUUUGUUACUGAUAUUUUUUAACAUGAUUCUCUUUGUGUUGAGAUUAGUUAUUUUACCAUGUAGAGCUUGAUUUAUACUCAGACAACCUGGGUAUUUAAUUAACUUGACUUCAUGUUCUGUGUGAUGUCUUAGGUUACGAUUAAAACAUAACUUGUCUUAUCUGACCCAUGUUUACUUGUUAACUACAUAACCCUUGAUUCAACUAUGUAAAUAAAAAUAUAAAAUUAUGACCAUUGGAAGCUAAAAAACAUACUGAUUGUGUGCAUAUUUAUGAUUCAGUCAAACAAUUUAUUUAUUUAUUGGCAUAACAAUUGUUUUUUUGUCAGGAAAAGGUUUUUGGAGAAUAAUCUUAAAAAAAAAAAAAAAAAUCUAAUUAUUUACUCACGUUUUAUUUUUAUUUAUAUAAAUGUCCUACAAUUGAUAGUGCUCUGGGGGCUGUGACUAUUGGGUUUUGGCUUCGAGUCUAAUCUAUUUCACAAAAAUAUUACCAUCUCUAUUUUGUUCAAGAAGUGGAAUAUCUCACAUUACUUGUGAGAGUUAUCAUUAUUUGUAUCAGGAAUGCCAAUGAUUAGCGUUAUUUAUUUUUGUUCUUUGUGUUGUAUUUGAUUGAACUACGCUUGCAAAAAUAUUUAAUGAUCCCAGUGCAACACUGGUGUAACUCCAUUAAAAAUUGCAUGAGUAAGGUUCCUCUUGUGCUCAUCCUUCGAUUUUUAGAUAUUUGCAAAACUUCUAUGAGCAACACAAUAUAAUCUUCGUCAGACAAUGUCAUCUUCAUCAUAUGUAGACAAUUUCAUCUUCACCAGACUGUUGAAUUGUUUAAAUAUCUAUUUGAGUAGGUUAGAGAUGCAUUUGCAUGUAUAUAAGAUUGAUCAUAUUUUUUCAUGAUUUCAUGCUGUUUGAAUGCCGGAGAUCGCACAAGCAAAUUCCAGAAGUAGGCUAAUCCGAUCAGAGCACUAAAUUGAAAUAAGACAAUGACGUUAUAACCCCUUGUGUGUUAUAACAUAUGAAUAUCAAGUUUUCUUAAGCACAUUGCAUGUUAUGUGACAUCUCGCUGCAAUGUGCCUGGAGAAAACUAGUCAAAAGACUAGUUAAUGUACAUAUAUAGCUAUAAAUUAUCUUGGUAAAAAAACAUGAUAAAAUUCUACACAUGCGGCUACCCUUGCUAUGUUAAAUCGCGAAAUCCAAAACACGUAUUACCGGUAUGUAAUUCACUUCACCACAUUAUGUAUAUGACACAUAAACCAAUUGUUGUCGUAGAAGAAGAUUGUUUUGUUUUUUGUUUUAUAAUCGUAAUUCUUAGAGAUAUUGAUGUAUUCUUUUCCAUUCAUGGAUAAUUGUAAGUUGGGUGAUUUCAGCUAAGUGUUGGUUGAUUUUCGGGUCGAAAAUGCACAAUCACUACUCUUAUACCAGGGAACUAGAAAAUUUGAUACAAGAGUUGUGUAUUUACCUCAGAUUUGUUCACUUUCACUCCGACAGCCUACCAAUACAUAAUAGUGGAAAUCAGCCAUUAUUCUGUAUAUUUUGUAUAAUAUAGUGGGAUGAAAUUGAAACGGAAUUAUUUUUGUAAUAUUCUGAACAUUCCAACUCAUUUAUUGAAUAGGAAAUGACAAAUGCUUUAGAAAGACUUUAUAUUCUAUGUAUUUACCCUUACCCUAACUGAACCCUAAUUUCAGGCAGAAAGCAGCAGGGCUUGGGUAUUCAUAAAACAUCUUAAGUCAAUUCCUAACUUAAGUCUUUUUUUAUCGUCAACUUAAACAAAGUUUACGAAAGUUUUCUUUAAACAUUAAAAAUUGAAUUUCAAAUUAAUGGAAAUCAGGUUGUUCAGAAAGUAUAACAUAUAUAUGACCAGUGGAUUAACUGACAUAAGUAAGGAAGUAACGAAAGAUGUUUUAUAAAUAAGCGGCCCACUCACUGCCUGUACACCUUUCAUGUGGGUACAAUAUUGCAAAAAAGUAUUGGUCUCAAAAAGUAUGGGUCUCCAAACUGUCUUUACCUCAGUUCUUUUUUUUUUCUUCAAAUUUCGGUGUUAUUAUUACAUUGAUAAUCAUUCUUGCUCAUUUAACUCGACAGUAGUUCUUGUUAAUGUCCAUUCAAUAAAAUUAAUUUUGUGCUUUUGAAUUACAUAUUAUAAUACAUUCUCCGUUGUUCAUCUAUCAAGCUUGGUAGAGACCUCUAAUGUUGCAUUAAACUAUUAAAAUUGGUAGUGACCUUCAGUGUGACAUUGAUAUGUCAAUUGUUUGUAUUGUUUUGGAGAUACAUGAAACUAUACAGAAUCUAUGUAGAUUGUUAAAAGUAAAAAUAAAACUAUUUAAUUCUGAA